UCAAACUGAAAGAAACCGACAAACGGUUGCUUGUUUUGAGUUUUGAAAAAAUGUUAAAAUAUAUUCGAGAAAAAUAGGCUAUUUCAAAUAUAAUUGUAUUUAUUUGUGAAUUACGAAUAACCGUUUUGUUAUGAUGAUAAAACUUGAACUAUUGUGAUAAUUUAAAAGUGCAAAAUAUGUUAUCAAUAAUGGGACACGAAGGCGAGGAUGUUCGUAUAGGGAAAAUUGACGACUGCGAUACGGAACUUCGCAAAACUGGACAAGAAAUGGACUUGAUCAGACAAAGGACUAUUGCUUAUGAAUAUCUUUGUCGGUUGGAGGAAGCCAAGACGUGGUUGGAGGCAUGCUUGAAGGAAACCCUUCCACAGGCCACAGAAUUUGAGGAGAGCUUGCGUAAUGGUGUCUACUUAGCUAAACUCGGUCACUUUAUAGCUCCUGAUAUGCUACCACUGAAUAAAAUAUAUGACUUUGACCAAAAACGUUACAAAGUUGUGGGGUUACAAUUUAAACACACGGACAAUAUUAACAAGUUUCUACAGAUUUUAAAGAAAACUGAACUUCCUGUGACCUUUCAGCCAGAGACCACAGAUAUUUAUGAUAAAAAGAACAUGCCUCGGGUUAUUUACUGUCUACAUGCACUCAGUUCUCACCUAUUCAAGCUGGGCAAGGCACCACUAAUACAUGAUGUAUUUGGAAAAGCAGUUUUUACAGAUGAAGAGCUUGACUUAGUUUCUAAAGACCUACAGAAAUGUGAACAUCCACUCCCAAUGUUCCAACAAAUUGGAGGCAUUCUGUCCAAAAACAAUGUAGCUGACAGUGAUGCCCUCCAUAAAGCUGUUAUAGAGGUAAACAAUUCAUUGGGUUCUGGAAAACCUAUUACUGCAGCUCUACUGAAUCCAAAGCUGAAAUUGAAAUUUGUUCAAAACAGACUUAUUGAUGAGUAUAAAAAAGUACUACAAAGUGCAAAACAAGACAAGAUGCAAGUGGCUCACAACCGAUCCUUGAAUGAUAGCUAUGUACCUGAUGAUUAUGAUGAACUACUGACCCAAGUAGAAAUUCAGGGCUACAUUACUGCAACAAACUACAAAUAUUCAUGGAAAAGCCUAUGCUCAUCAGCAAGGAAUAGUGAUGUUAAUACAAUACACAAAAUUUUCAAUGAUGAGUGGAUCAGAGUAAAGGAUUAUAAUGCCAACAAUCUUGACUUUUACUGUGAUGUGGUGAAAGAAAUAUUGGAAUGUAACAAGGACAUAGACGUGGAAGGCAUCACAAACUGGCACAAAAUAUUUCAGAACAUAGUCUCUGAGGGCAAUCAGAAAUCCCUUGAACAUGUCAACCACAAAUUGGCAAUUGCAGAUGUAAAUAAAGCCCUGGAUGAAGGGAAUCCUCAAGAUCUCUUUCAUGCAUUGAAUAAUCCUCACUUAGAACUGAAUUUUAAAAUUGAUAAGUUUGCAAUUCCUUUGCUGUUUGAAGAAAUGAAAUUGGAGAAGUGUGAAUUGGAGAAGAAUUUGAAUGAAAGUGAAAUAGCUGCUUCUGUGGGUUACUUGACUGCCAUAGCUGCUAUCUCACAGGCUGUGGACAGAGGUGAUGAGGUAGCUGUUUGGAAUUCACUCAAUUCAAACCAGAUUCAUUUAGAAGGCUUGCGACCCCACUGCCGGCGUCGCUAUCUGUCGGCGUUAGUAACUGCAUUGCAAGUAAAGAUCAGGGAACAGUGCGCGUGUCCUUUGCUAACAUUAGAAGACAUUCGUGACACUAUUGACAUGGUCAAUAUGAAGGAUGAUGACAAUGAAGAGCUGGUGACAGUAAUAAAUGGCAUUAAUAAAGCAGUCUCUGAAGAAGAUGCAGAAGCAUUGACAAGCUGGUUAAAAAACUCUUGUUUAAAAAUAUCAGCGCCCAUACAUAAAGAGGAACAACAGUUAUACUUGAGAGUGAUGAAAAAGAAGCUGCUCCACAAAGAGGCUCAAAACUUAUGGCUUGAUGACGUCGUUGACACAGUUAAUGAAGUCAACAGUGAAUCAUUGAAAGUCAAGGAGCUGACUGAAACAUUAGUUCAGUUAAAUUCUGCCAUAUUGAAGAACAAUGUCAAUGAAUUUUGGAAUGCUCUCAACUGUCCUCUUCUCUUUGGUUCUGGAAUUGUUGAAGAUACCUGCAAGGAUGUUUAUUUUCAAAUGUUUUCUAAAGCACUAAAGAAGAGAGGUCAGCACAUCUGUCCUUGGAUAGUAUGUCAUACGGAUGCUGGUAAUACUGUGUACAUUGAUGUGGAGUCCUACACAUACAGUUGGAGCACUCCAAAGGAUUUCGUACCCUAUGCUCGCUAUUUGACUAGAAAAGAUGUGAAUAUUAUUGUCGAAAAAACCAAUAAGCACCACAUCAACAAAUACAAGCAAAUGGUGAUAGAAAAGUCAAUUGUUAAGCUUCAAGCAUAUUGUCGAGGAUUUUUACUUAGACAACGAUUGAUAAAAAGACUUCGCUUCUUUAAAAAUAAUGAGAGAUAUGUCGUUAAGAUACAGGCGUGGUGGAGGAGGAUAAUAAUGCAAAAGAAAUAUGGAACCUUAAUAAAAAUGAAGGCGAUAGAAGCUCGAUUGAAGCAAGAGAGGAAACAAAACCCUUGGGCUUGGUAUAAAAUCCAUGAGCAGAAAAUCAUAAGGAUUCAAGCAUUGUGGCGCGGGCGUCGCGCUCGUCAAGCUUUCACGUCGUUGUUCCAUUCGCCAAAUCCGCCGCUGAAAGUCGUCAAGAAGUUCAUCCCGAUGCUUGAUUUCUCUACUGAAGAUUACGACAGAGAAAUUGGGCUACAGUCGCUUAAGUCCGAAGUUGUGCAGUCUAUUAGGAAAAAUCAAGAGCUCUCGAAACAGAUUGACGACAUGGACCUUAAAAUUGGCCUGCUUGUUCAAAACAGAAUUGCAUUGCAGGACGUAGCUGCCCAUGGAUUGAAAUUAAAUAAUUUAGUGAAACACAACUCUAUGACAAAACUUGUUUUUCAAAAUCGAUCGGAUGGCAAAGGGACAAUGAUGACGGUAUCCACAGCUGUAAAGGGGCUGAAAUCUCUGACGAAAGAAAGCAAAAGGUUGUUAGAUGGUUACCAACAUCUGUUUUAUGAGUUACAGACAAAUCCGACAUACUUAUCCAAACUUCUGUUUUGCAUCCCUCAAAACAAGACCAACUUUUUCCUACAAAAUGUCGUUCUGAGUCUUUAUAAUUUUGGUGCUUAUGCUCGAGACGAAUAUUUAUUGUUAAAGCUAUUCAGAUUCACGCUGGAGGAAGAAAUAAGUUGCAAAGUGACUAAACCUUUCGAUAUAAUCGCGUCUACACCAUUAGUGCUCAAAAUGGCUGUGAGUCUGUCGCGCCAGUUGUCAGGGUUGAAUAGUUUGCAGACUAUAAUCGGUCCACUUGUUGAGAAGAUGCUGAAAGACAAAGACUUGAACAUAGAAACUGGGCCUGUUGAGAUUUAUAAAGCUUGGAGGAAUGAAACUGAAAUGAAGACUGGACAAAUUUCGAAAUUGCCAUACACAGUAACGCAAGAAGAAGCUCUUACCUAUCCAGAAGUUAAGAAAAGGUUGGAGACUGCUCUAUCUCAACUGAAAACCAUAGUGAUGAUGUUUUUGGACAAGAUCACAAAUUCGACGGAACUUCUACCUUUCUGUAUAACGUACAUGGCUCGCGUGUUACACAGGGCUUUGACUUCAAAAUUCGCACAUACACCUGAAAAAGACAUUUUAAAGGUGAUUGGAAACUUGGUUUACUAUCAGUUUCUGAAUGCGGCAAUCGUGGCCCCCGAUGCUUUUCAUAUCAUCAAUCUACCAAACGGCGCGGGACUUACGACAGACCAGAGGAAGAAUCUCGCUUCAGUGGCUAAGAUACUACAUUUCUCAGCUGCGAAGAAAGGCUUUGGAGAGGAAUCCAGCCAUCUUCGGUGCUUGAAUCCUUUUAUAGUGGAAUGUCAUGAGAAAAUGAAGGAGCUGUUUCGUCGAUGUUGCCGCGGCCCGACUCUGGAAGAGUAUUUUGCGGUUGAUGAAUACACUGAAGCUACCCUCUUACAUCACCCACACAUUUAUAUUACUGUUCAGGAAAUAGUGGACACGCACGCAUUGUUGUUGGAGUACCAGGACAUCAUAGCACCGGAUCAUCGCGAUAGACUAAACGAACUCCUGGACGAUUUGGGAGAAGUGCCGUCAGUCGCGCAAUUGGCUUCACGUGACGUCGACUCUAGUAAUGCGGGAGAUUCCGAAGAAAACGCGCGAUUGGAAGUAUGUUUGGCACUAGUGAACAAGUUCCAAGCGCCUGCUGAUGAUAUGACAGAUUUGAACAAACUUUUCAUCAAAACUAAAGAGCUUUGCGUGGCUAUUAUCCCCUUCUUGAAUGGCGAACACUUGCUAGAAGCUCUAUGCAUUGGCACUACAAAAGAACAACAAGAGCAAUACUCCAAAAAAGUACAGAGACGUAUUUACUCUGGACAAGCUAAACCGGACGAUGUUAUGUCUUUGAGAGAGCACAUAGCAAAGCUACGGCGCAACCUGCAGCUGUUAGAAGACGAAGGAUAUGUUACUAGGGAAGAUGGCUACCAAGCUCUGGUUACGUCUAUUGCCCUCGAUUUGUGCAAUAAAGGGAAGUACAGGCAGGCACAGCGGAGAGCGCUGGCGACUCUUACGCGGACCAAGCAAAGUCUACAAGAAAAGACAAAAUAUUAUGAAGAAAAGUGUAAAUCUUAUGACCAAUAUAUAAAGUCGUGUCUUGCGAAUCUUCAUGCUGGGAAAAGGAGUGUCCAUGCUUGCCUAAGGAGAUCGGGAAAAGACGUUCAAAAGUUAAAGUCGAAGUUGACUGUGAAAUAUUCUGGCGCCAAAUUAAUGGAAAGAGGGGUCCUGCUAGAAAUAGACGGACUUUCGCCGUCGCAGUUUAAAAAUGUACAGUUUGACAUCACGCCUACAGACCACAACGGCGUGUUCACAGUGAGAGGAAAGUUCAUGGGAGUGGAAAUGGAAUCAGUCGACGUUGACAUUCAAGACCUUCUACAGAAGCAGUAUGAAGGCUGUGCUAUAAUGGACAUGUUUGGCAAAGCAAAAAUUAAUGUUAACCUACUAAUCUUCUUACUUAACAGUAAGUUCUAUGGUAAGUCGUAGUAUACCUACCUAGACUCAUAAUAUGAUGAAUUGAUUAUUUGAAAAAAAAAAUAUGAUUUGAUUAUCUAAUUCGUACCAAAUACACUAAAUUUUAGAUGAAGUAUUACACACCAAAAAUUCUUUAUUAACUAUAAGUCAGAACAUUAGAACUAGUGAUCCGUCUUUUAGAUAUUAGUUUUUUUUUAAUGUAGUAAGCAGUAGUUGCGCUUAAUUAUCGCUUUCUAGAGACUAUGGCUUGGAAACAUAGCAGUGAGUGUUCUUAUCGAUGUUAUUUAUCAAAUUAAUACCUAUAUCAUAAUACAGGUUAGUAGUAGUACAUACUAUUAAGAGAAUAUUAUUUCCUUUCUGUACUAAUCUACUAUGAAUCUUGGAUGACUCAAUGUACUUGUGUAGUGUUGCAAUUUGAAAAAACUUAUUUCAGUUAUUGAAGACUUCAUUGCUUUGUUAGCAAGCAGUAUUGAUUUAUUUUUACUAUGUUAAUCAGUGUUAUAUAAUUAAUUAUUUAUACUAAUGAACUGUUACAAAUAGUUAUUAAGGUUUUUUGCACUAUGAAGUGAAUGUGCACGUUUGUGAUUAAUCAUGCUAAUAUUAUAUUAAUAUUCGUUAUUUCUAAAUGUAUAAUUUUGUUAUUGCUUCAGUGGAGAUCGAUCCUGAGGUACUUAAAAAGCUGUUACUAUCAUUGGACCCAUCUAAAUCAGCAGGUCCAGAUCGUCUACCAGCAUUAUUUCUUAUUAAUUGUGCUAUGAGCUUAGUUGUCCCUAUCGUACUAUUGUUUAAGAGGUCGUUUGCUGAGUGUUCCGUUCCAAAAAUUUGGAAGUCGGCAUAUAUUACUCCGGUCCUCAAAAAAGGCUCUAGGACUGAUGUUAGUAAUUAUAGACCUAUCUCUAAAUUAUGUAUUCUGUCAAAAUUGCUCGAAAAGGUUGUUCAUGGCCAAGUGUACGCCGCAUUAAAAAACCUUUUUAAUAGUGCCCAACAUGGUUUUCUUCAACGCAAGUCUACUGUGUCGAAUCUUGUUCUCUUUAAUGACUAUAUCACUGAAGCUAUGGAUAACGGAUGUCAAGUUGAUGUAGUUUAUACUGAUUACAGUAAGGCUUUUGACAGAAUUGAUCAUAACAUAUUAAUUUCAAAAUUAUUUAACUGUGGUAUUAGGGGGGAUUUACUCAGAUGGUUUACUUCCUACGUUGAGAAUCGAUCUCAGGCUGUUGUCAUUAACAAUUAUAUGUCAGGGUGGGUUAAUAUUCCCAGUGGGGUUCCCCAAGGAUCUCUGCUUGGUCCUUUAUUAUUUAAUAUUUUUGUUAAUGAUAUCAGCAAUUGUUUCUCUUUCUCAAAAUUGCUGUGUUUUGCGGAUGACAUGAAAGUUUUCGCUAAAAUUAAAUCCGAAGAUGAUGCCUGCGCACUUCAGUCGGAUCUUGUGCGCCUGGACGAAUACUGUCGGGCUAACAAAUUAGAUUUAAACCCUUCUAAAUGUUUUGUUGUUACUUUUUCACGUAAACAUAUUAAUGUCGUAACGUCCUACUCGUUGGGAGGACAUACAUUAGUAAAGAGACCUGACAUGAGAGAUUUGGGUGUAGUUCACGAUACUAAGCUGAAAUUCGAUGCACAUAUUGAUAAUAUAGUAAAGAAUGCUACGAAAGCUCUGGGUUUCAUUAUGCGUACUUCUUCUUGUUUUGUGCGUGCAAAAACGUUCAAAAUUCUUUAUUGUGCUUUUGUACGAAGCAAGUUAGAAUACGCAUCUCAAAUUUGGAAUCCCAGGUAUCAAGUAUAUAUUGACCGUAUUGAAUCCAUACAGAAAAAAUUCAUCAAAUUCUUAUGCUAUAAAUUAAGGAAACCUUAUAGUUCCUCGUCUUACUAUAGUAUUUGUAAGCAGCAUCACCUUUUACCUCUUAAAGCGAGAUGUGAUAUUGCGGACAUAGCUUAUUUGCUGAGGCUAACUAAUGGGUCCGUUGACUGCCCGGAACUGCUUAGCAAGCUUUCAUUUAGUGUUCCCACUCGAUCCUGUAGAUUUUACACACCGAUGUCAUU